AUGGAACCCGCCGCUUCCGGGUCACCUAAACCGGACCCAAACCCCUCAUCCCCAUCCACGUCAGCACCACCACCAAGCCGUUACGAGUCACAGAAACGCCGCGACUGGAACACGUUCUUACAAUACCUAAGAAACCACAAACCGCCUCUAACGCUAGCUCGUUGCAGCGGCGCGCACGUGCUCGAGUUCCUCAAGUACCUAGACCAAUUCGGAAAAACAAAAGUCCACGUGUCAACAUGCCCUUUCUUCGGCCACCCGGACCCACCAUCUUCUUGCUCUUGUCCGCAUAAACAAGCUUGGGGAUCUCUCGACGCUUUGAUCGGACGGCUUAGAGCCGCUUACGAAGAAAACGGUGGACGGCCUGACUCGAAUCCGUUUGCCGCACGCGCCGUUAGGAUUUACUUAAGGGAAGUCAAAGAGAGUCAGGCUAAGGCUCGAGGGAUUCCUUACGAGAAAAAGAAACGGAAACGGAAACCUACCGUUAGAUUGGAUGUGGAUUUAACGAGGGGAAUCGUCGGAGAGGGAAGUAACGGCCGUGAUUCUCCGGCUGCUUCCGGCGCCGCACUUCCUCUAGGUUAA